AACAGUAGAACAACGCAGAUGGUUGAAAAACUGUUCGUCAGAUAAUGGCAUCGAUUGUCUAUUAUAGAGAAACUAACAUGGAUCACAUGCUGCGAGGAACCAACUUUGCCAUGCACCGGAAAAAUAUUUCGCAGUUGCCAGCAAAAAUCACACAAGAAAUUGAAAGAAGUUUAGAUCAUAAUCCAGAGACAUGCAGCUGGCGAGCCUUCCUGAAGAUUGCAUCAACUUUGAGGGAUUCCUAUGAAUUCAGUCAAAGAGAUAUUGAAAGCAAAUUUGGAAGCUUUGUUUUUGGAAAUGGGAGCCCUACAAACAAGUUGAUUUCUGAGCUUGGGGCUCGAGGUAUGGUUGUUGGGGAGCUCAUCGAAGUGCUGGAUCGACUCAGAUUGGAAAACCUCUUGAUAGAUUUAAAACCUUAUGAGGAGAUCCGCAUCAUUCGCCAGCCUGCUGAGAACAAACAGCUAGAUGAAGGAGACAAACUGGAGCUACAAGUGGAGGCUGUUGGGUUUCCAUACCCUCGUUACCAGUGGUUCAAACUCCUUAGUAAUGAAUAUGAUGAGAUUGAUGGUGCAAAGGACUCAACGUUCAAGAUCAACAGAACAUGUUUAGGUGACAGCGGAUUAUACUGUUGUCGCCUGUCUAAUGGAGGAGGUAGUGAUUUCUGCAAGUUUACUAAGCCAUCCUCAGUCAAGGUACUGUACAGGUCCACAAACACUACAAAAAUACCAGAUCCUGAGAAGGAACCAGUUGAGGAGCCAAGAAAACCCAUAUUGCCUCAAGUUUUGACUGAACCAGAAGACAGAUAUGUACACCUGCGGGACAAAGUAGAGCUCCACUGUGUAGGAAUUGGUCAUAAACCACUGGUGUAUGAAUGGCUGAAAGAUGACAAGGUCGUUGAUAGCAACAAAGAUUUCGGAAAGUUAACGAUUUCUGAUGUCACUAUGAAGCAUCAAGGGACAUACACAUGUGUGAUAAGGAACCAGUUUGGGAAAACACGCAGCAGGGAGGUAACUCUGCAAGUAAACCCAGAGAUUGUUAUUCGAGAUUACCGAAGUGAAGGAAUUGACAUCAUACUGAACCCAAAGACAUGUAGUGUGGAGGUAGGAGGCAAUUGCUCAUUUUCAGUCGAGGCCACAUGUAAAUAUCCACUGACAUACAAGUGGUACAAAGACCACCAAGCCACAGAUUGUGUGGAAAAAGAGCUGAAAUUUUACAAUCUUCAGGACCAUAAUCAGCAGGGAACCUACCAAUGUGUUGUGACUUGCCCACAAACCAAAGAAUCUGUCCUUUCUCAUCCUGCAUGUCUGUCUAUCAAGUCUCCUGCAAACCUCAACCAAUCAGAAUAUAGAGCAACAGACAAAGUUGCCUUGUUAAUAGGAAAUUAUGACUAUAUGAAUGAAACAACUCUGAAAGCACCAAGCAAGGAUGUUGCAAAGAUGGCAGAAGCUUUCAAAAGCCUUGAAUUUAAAGUGGUUUCACUACUGAACUUAACGAAACAAGAAAUGAACGCAGCCAUUCACGAAUAUUGUAAUUUGCUAGGAAAGGGUGUGUAUGGCGUUUUCUAUUUUUGUGGCCAUGGUUUUGAGGAGAAUGGACAAUGCUACUUUGUUCCUCCUGAUGCAAGAAGUGGUUACACAAUUGAGGAUUGUAUUUCGUCAAAUGACGUUCUUCGAGCCAUGCAAAAGUCUGAUCCAGCCUUAGUAACACUCAUCCUGGAUAUAUGUAGAAUAAGAAAUAAAAUUCCAAGUAAACCACCUUCAAACACAGGAGGUGUCACUGGUCGGGAGAGUCCUAGUGGGCCUGAUGCAAAGGGAAAUUGUGUAUCCAUCUACGCCACGAGCGAGGGAAUGUUUGCAUAUGAAGACCAUGAGAAUGGAAUUUUGGUGAAAUAUUUACAGAAGUACAUCUAUCAAAACAAGCCUGUGAGCUAUUUCUUCAAUGAUGUUAUUGAUGCAUGGAAACAGGAUCCACAGCACUGCAAGUUACAGAAACCGGAAUUCAGGUCAACUUUGUUGGACUGGGGCAGAUCCCUCUCAGACCGAAUAUUGACCAUUGGUCACACACAGGCUUACCAUGCUCGGACACAGAUGUGGUUAAAAGCUCAUGAAACUCCGAAACCUCAGGAAAUAAGAAUACCAGAGCUUGGAAACUUAGUGGUGCAGCUCACAUUCCAGAUGGAAUUUUCCAAUGUUCUUCACUUAUUUGCUGCCAUCAAGAAUCCUGGAAACACAGUCAAGUCUAUAGCUUUUCCCUAUGACUGGCCAAAGAGCAUAUCCAUGAUGGGAGACAUAAAAAAUGUGACGGACACUUGCAGUAGGCCAGGUGAUAAACUGCCGUGUGCUGUCACCAAGUCAACUUUUCAAGAUUUACAGAAACUUAGGGACAACCUGGAGUUAAAAAUUGUUGUUAAAUACUGUUUGAAGGACCAAGUGGACCAACACCACUUGACAGAGAAAAUAAACCUCGGUCUACCACUUAUUGCUAAUCUUCGCCUUUGCAACAGAGUCACAGAACCUAUAGAACACACAGAUGACUCCUAGUCUCAGUGCUUAGUGAACAUAGAUUAUCCAAAACCAGAGAAAUCAACAACACUAAGCUUGUAUGGAAAUAAUUUGUCAUCAAAGUUAAUGCUAAGCUAAAGCAGCAUCUAUAUAAAACACAAAAAUGAAGAAAACAACAAGUUGUAGAUAAACAAAGAUUCCUAUCUGUACUAUUUACCAUUUGGCACACAUAUCUGUAUACAGAAUGUAGUUAGAACUAUAUUCAUUUAGAAAAAACUAUUCUGAAUAUUAUUAUAAUUUAUGUAAUUUAAAGUGGCUUUCUGGCAAUUUCGUGAAAAUUUGGCAGAAAGGAAACCAGCAAUUGACAAUGAUUAUGAUUAACAAAUACUUCAUGAUUUAUAUUUCAAUUACCAAUCAAAUUUUGGUAAAUUUGAAUUAGGUAUCUAGUUAUAUUGAGAGAAAAAGCUCAUCUUACCAGAUGGAGUAUGUCCAUGUGGAAACUGCUGAAACAUGGAACGGCCAGUAAGUCUGAGGUCACUAUGACACAGUAGGACCAGUUAUAAUUAGUCUCAGCAUUACAUUGAUCUAAAAGCCUACUACUGUUGUAAGGGGACAGUGGAGUACAACACGGCAGGACAGCGGAGUACAACACGGCAUUACAGUGGAGUACAACACGGCAGGACAGUGGAGUACAACACGGCAGGACAGUGGAGUACAACACGGCAGGACAGUGGAGUACAACACAACAGGACAGUGGAGUACAACACAGCAGGACAGUGGAGUACAACACAGAAGGACCAGUUAUAAUUAGUCUCAUAACAUUGACCAUCUAAAGGUCUUUUAGUGUUGUAAUGGGACAGUAGAGGACAAAAUGUAUAUAUUUUGUAAUAAGCCCAUGUCUUGUAAUCCUUUUCAAUAUGAGUCCAGCAUGUAAGACACUGGUCCACUGAACCACAUACAUGCUAAAUACAGCUGUACUGGUUAAAUUGCUCUCAUACUCCACAAUCUACUACUGUAUACUAGUACUAGGAUUGCUUUGUCCCGUACUAUUUUCACCUUUGUACCAUUACACACAUUGCCCAUUAACAGUUAUAUGAAAGGGUUUAAAAAGGAGUGACAAAUUUCUACCCCACUUUUAAAUUUACACCACCCCACUUGAAGCUUGUGGAUUGAGUUAAACAUUGUUUAUUAUUUGUUAAAUAUUAAAGUACUUCAACAUAAGGAGUGAAGGAAUUAGUGUAACUGAAUGUAGACAGUGUAUGUUACAUUGUAGUAAAUAUUUUUUGAAAACAUAUUAGAGCCAUGUCAUUUAAUUUGUACCUAUGAGAUGCAUGGUUGUAAGCUCUCAUUUCCAGGUACAUCUGUGUCAUAGAUUUGUGACUGUCAAUAUCCAAUAUUGUGUUGUUUUUGAAAUGUACAGAAGAUCAGCUGUGAUAUUUAGGCCAAAAAUCAAAUGUCAAACAUUCACUAUGGUGUUGUGUAAAUAAUUUACUUGAAGAUCAACUGAGGUAUUUACCACUAAGGCCCACGCGCCUCUUGUUAAACAUUGUGGUACUGAUUUAAAGAAAUCGUUUUUUUUUUUACAUUUUAAGGGGUAUUUCUGCAACCUUAUAAUACCAUUAAGUCAACACAUUGACAAUGUCAAGAUUUAAAAAGCAUGGAAUCUUUCUUUUGGUUAUGUUGUAGAAUAUGACCUAAAUUACUGUUGAUUAACCCCUGCCCAGUAAUAAGCUACAUGUAGGUUCACAGGGUACAGCUAGGGUCGUUUAAAUUCAGGAAACAAGUUUUCGUUUUUCCUUAAUGCUCACUUUUGAAUUUGGAGUCUGAGGUAAUGUGUUGUAUUGUGUAAUGUCUGCUCCCUCAAACAACUCCAAACACCACCCCUUUCUUGAAUUAAUGUAGGUUGAACACAAUAAGUGAACAGUUUUAAUGGUGACAAUAAGGAUUUAUUUACAUUGAUCAUGAUAUUAUACAAAUUGUUCACGAUAUUAUUAAAAAAAUGUAUAUCAUCAGUCUAACAGACUGGUAUGAUGGAAGAGGCUCACUUACAUGUUAACAUAAAAAAAUGCAACAAAUCAUGAAAUCACAAGACCAAGCACAGAAGCUUGUUUUUAUUUACAAGUAAAAAUACAAUUUCAAUUUCCGUACCAGAGAUCAUAAAGCAUACAUAUGUAAGCAUGAUUGGUAAUGCUGGAUUUGAAUAUCAUUUUUACUGAUCAAUAGAAACAAACUCCUGGAGCUACAAUUUUUUGUCAAUAUGGAUACCUGAUAUUAACUUAGAUAUUAAUUUAACUUAAUAUUUAGAAAAUAGAUUUCCUAUCUCUGAGGAUUCUUCCUAUUGCUAGGCAUUGUCUCACUGGUGGAUGUCAGUGUUCAGCAGACUUGCUGUGGGUAGGUUGGUUACAGAUUUUCCAUCUCGAUGACUCUUGCUAUCACUGAGCCACGUCUCUUUAAAAGGUCAGUGUCCUGUGGACUUAUUUCCUGAUAUUAUUCAAUACAUGUUCAGAUGAGCUGGCCAAUUUUAAUUUCUUAGAUUGAUGAUUUUCUAGAGAUAAAUGACAAAUAAAAUUUCCUAAAACAAUUUUUUUUCAUUUUCUGCUCCAUUAUAUAACUGCUAUUUUGUAGAAAAGACUCAAAUAAUAUAGCUGUGAUUGAAGCCAUACUAUAUGCUAAAAUGUUAUUUCUGUUGAUUUUAAAACUACAAUGUAUUAUGUAAUUCAAUCCAUAAUUAUCUAAACCCUUGUAUUUGUAAAAGCGUGUUUGAAAUGUAGAGCCAUUAACUUUCAGAAUUUCAACAAGUUUCUUUCAACAACAGAUUUACACCAGUCUAGGUUUAAGAGCAAGAUCCCAUGAUCCAUACAAAUGCAUUAUAGAGGCAUGUAAAGUCCUCAAUGUGCUCAUACAAUACAUGUACAGCUUCAAGACAUUUUGUGGGCCAAUGAUUAUCCCAUUGAUAACAAAUUUAUAAAGAUUCAUAAUCAUUGCCCACUUUGAAUUUAUGAUUUCUUCAUAGCCUUCAUAUAUUUUGAUAUUUUGAAUAAAAAUGUUUUAGGAACCUCAGUUUAGUUGUGAAUUAUGUUGUCCUAUUUCAUUAUUGAACAAUGUCAAAUUUACAGUCAUUUUUAUACUGUAUAAUAUGUCCAUACAUGUGUGGUUAAUAAGUGCUGAAAGUUUUUAAAGA